CGUUCUUGUAUAAAAUGAACUUGAAUACCUCCCUGCUACUCCUCUCUCGCUUUGAUACGAACCACAACCAUGGCUGGAACUAAACGCAGCGCUCCUGAAGCUGAACCAAAAGAGACACGGGCAUCGAAAAACGCCAAGACAGGCGGUGAUGUCAAGUCAACAAAAACCAACAAGGGUGCAUCAAAAGGAGGAAAGAAGGGUGUGAAGGUAUCUCUCGCACUAUCAGCCUUCAAGGCAAAAGCCCUUCCAUUGCACGUCAACUUCACGCACACUCCACCAGCUAUACCAGCUGAUGACGAGACAGUUCCUACAACGUCUGCUGACCCGGGUGCGAUAGGCUCAGCUACACUGGUUCCGACCGAGUUUAGCACGGGCAGUUACGGCUGGAAAGGCAGCAAGCGGGUCGCGAUCGAAAUUCCGAAUCCAGAUGGUGGAGAGGGUGAAAAGGUUCAAGUCAUGAUUUCGAUUAAUGCGACCGUCCUUGGUAGCAAGAACGCCAAGGGAGACGCGGAUGAGGAUGCUAAGGAGGAAAAGGAAGCAAACGGGGGUAGUGACAAAGCUGAGGAAACUGAGAAUGCCGAAGAUCCUGCUGCAGAAUGAUCUAUUGAGUCACAUUCUACGCAUUGCUUCUGAUUGACAAGUUACUUUUUUACUAGGCUGUAGUAUUUGUUACAUGAAUUUAUGAAUAUAAC